CUGCCUCAGUGUCGCGGCGUGGACCUAUCGAGAGGAGCAAGCAAGCAAGAAACCAACCGCGAGAACCCCGAGGAGCAGGAGGAGAUGAGGGCGGUGGUGAUCGCGCGCGCCGGUGGGCCGGAGGUGCUGGAGGAGCGGGACGUCGAGGACCUCCCGGCGCCCGGGGAAGGCGAGGUGCUCGUCAGGGUGGCCGCCGCCGGCGUCAACCGCGCCGACACGGCCCAGCGGCAGGGCCGGUACCCCGCGCCGCCGGGCGCCUCCCUCUACCCGGGGCUCGAGUGCUCCGGCACCAUCCUCGCGCUCGGCCCCAACGUCCCCUCCCGCUGGGCCGUCGGCGACCAGGUGUGCGCGCUGCUCAGCGGCGGUGGGUACGCGGAGAUGGUGGUGGUGCCGGCGGGGCAGCUGCUGCCGGUGCCGGAGGGGGUGUCUCUGACGGACGCCGCCGGCUUGGCCGAGGUGGCCUGCACCGUCUGGUCGACCGUCUUCAUGACCAGCCACCUCUCCCCCGGCGAAUCAUUUCUCAUCCAUGGUGGAUCAAGUGGAAUCGGUACAUUUGCUAUACAGAUUGCAAAGCACCUCGGAAUUAAGGUUUUUGUCACUGCAGGUAGUGAAGAAAAACUAGCUGCCUGCAAAGGUCUGGGUGCCGAUGUAUGCAUAAAUUACAAAACUGAAGACUUCGUUGCACGCAUCAAAGAAGAAACCAAUGGAAAGGGUGUUGAUGUCAUUCUGGACAACAUCGGUGGAUCGUAUCUUCAGCGCAAUCUGAACAGCUUGGCGGUUGAUGGUAGACUUUUCAUUAUUGGUUUCCAAGGAGGUGCUGUAACUGAAGUGAACCUGCAACCUAUGCUUGCUCGACGAUUGACCAUACAAGCUGCUGGACUACGCAACAGAAGCCUUGACAAUAAAGCUCUGAUUGUCAGUGAGGUGGAGAAAAAUGUAUGGCCUGCCGUUGUGGAAGGCAAGGUGAAACCAGUGGUGUACAAGACGUUUCCUCUGUCAGAAGCAGCUGAAGCUCACAAGUUGAUGGAAGAAAGUUCCCACAUUGGCAAGAUACUAUUGAUUCCCUAGAUGUGUCAUUAAUGCGUUUAAUUUAUGUUCACUUGCAGAUACACUCUGAACAUUGUAUAUUUGGUUUGUCCUUUGAUCUUGCAUGUGACAAGAGUGGACUUAUGUGGCAGAAAAUUGUAUGUCAAAACACAUGAUGAAAGUUAUAUACUCAUCUUCUCUGAA